GGCUGGCGGCGGGAGGCGCGGACCUGCUGCCGCCGCACUAUGGCCAAGACUGUGGCCUAUUUCUACGACCCCGACGUGGGCAACUUCCAUUACGGGGCUGGGCACCCUAUGAAGCCCCAUCGCUUGGCAUUGACCCAUAGCCUGGUCCUGCACUACGGUCUCUAUAAGAAAAUGAUCGUCUUCAAGCCAUACCAGGCCUCUCAGCAUGACAUGUGCCGCUUCCACUCCGAGGAUUAUAUUGACUUCCUGCAGAGAGUCAGCCCCACCAAUAUGCAAGGCUUCACCAAGAGCCUUAAUGCCUUCAACGUGGGCGAUGACUGCCCAGUGUUUCCCGGACUCUUUGAGUUCUGCUCCCGUUACACAGGUGCAUCUCUGCAAGGAGCAACCCAGCUGAACAACAAGAUCUGUGAUAUUGCCAUUAACUGGGCUGGUGGUCUACACCAUGCCAAGAAGUUUGAGGCCUCUGGCUUCUGCUAUGUCAAUGACAUUGUAAUUGGCAUCCUGGAGCUGCUCAAGUACCACCCUCGGGUGCUCUACAUUGAUAUUGACAUCCACCAUGGUGACGGGGUUCAGGAAGCCUUCUACCUCACUGACCGGGUCAUGACAGUGUCCUUCCACAAAUACGGAAAUUACUUCUUCCCUGGCACAGGUGACAUGUAUGAAGUCGGAGCAGAGAGUGGCCGCUACUACUGUCUCAAUGUGCCCCUGCGGGAUGGCAUUGAUGACCAGAGUUACAAGCACCUUUUCCAGCCGGUUAUCAACCAGGUGGUGGACUUCUACCAACCCACGUGCAUUGUGCUUCAGUGUGGAGCUGACUCUCUGGGCUGUGAUCGACUGGGCUGCUUCAACCUCAGUAUCCGAGGACAUGGGGAAUGUGUUGAAUAUGUCAAGAGCUUCAAUAUCCCUCUACUAGUGCUGGGUGGUGGUGGCUAUACUGUCCGAAAUGUUGCCCGCUGCUGGACAUAUGAGACAUCGCUGCUGGUAGAAGAGGCCAUUAGUGAGGAGCUUCCCUAUAGUGAGUAUUUUGAGUACUUUGCCCCGGACUUCACACUCCAUCCAGAUGUCAGCACCCGCAUCGAGAAUCAGAACUCACGUCAGUAUCUGGACCAGAUCCGCCAGACAAUCUUCGAAAACCUGAAGAUGUUGAACCAUGCGCCUAGUGUCCAGAUUCAUGAUGUGCCUGCAGACCUCCUGACCUAUGACAGGACUGAUGAAGCUGAUGCAGAGGAGAGGGGUCCUGAGGAGAACUACAGCAGGCCAGAGGCACCCAAUGAGUUCUAUGAUGGAGACCAUGACAAUGACAAGGAAAGCGAUGUGGAGAUUUAAGAGCAGCUUGGGUUGCUGUGUCCCAAAGAAUUCCUUUUCACCUCUUGGUUGGGCAGGAGGGAAAAGGUGUGGCUCCCCCAGUCUUGGACUGGUCACCUCCAGGGCUUUUACUAACUCUGGGGAAGAGUUUGGAGACCACAUCUGGUUCUAGAACCAUCUACCGCCUUUUGCUCUCUUUUCCAAGGUCUGACCAUGGUACCUAUUAGGAAUGAGAUGAGAAUAAGGAUAUCUGUUUCUGGGACAAUAUGGGCAGUGGGCCCUAGAGGUCAGUCCGCAGCCCCUCUGGCCCCUUUUUUCUUACCUGCUUCCCUCCAAUCCAGAGAUUUUUAGGGGUAAAGAGGUAGACAGGACUGAAGUUGCCUCUGACUUCCUCCUCUCCUGGGUUCCCCUACUGCAGGCCUUGCUUCCAGGGCAGGUGAAGCAUGAGGGAUUUGGGGAGGUCCUGGCUCCCUAACAUCUUAAUCCCAGAUGAUGGAAAGUGUGGUUUUGAGGGCAGGGGGAGGAUGUGAAAAUGUCUUGUUCUAACUUUUGGCUUUAUGUCCAUUUUACCACUGUUUUUAUUCAAUAAACCAAGUUGGUAUUUUUUGUA